AUGAAGCUCGCAUUCGCUACCACAAUUACACUUCUCCUCUCAUCCACAGUCACCUCUCUCCAUAUUCCUACUUCAGACCUGUCCGUUCCCCAUGGUGACAUCAUUUCACCAGUCGAAGCCCCAGAUCUAGAGACCCGCGAUCUAGAGAAACGCCGUGGAGGUGGAGGUGGUGGACGAGGCGGCGGCGGAAGCAGUGGAGGAGGCAGUGGAGGCCGAGGAGGCGGCAGCAGCAGCAGCAGCAGCAGCAGUAGCCGACCACCUUCAACACGUCCCAACAGCAAUGUCGGAGGGAGUACGCCCGGCGGCUCAGGGCCACGACCGGCUUAUGGACGUGGUGGUGCGUUUUACGCUGGAGGAGCUACUACCCCCUACCGAGCAGGCCGCCCGUCACCAUUUGGCAUCGCACCGUUCUUCCUGCCAGUAGCAGCUCUGGCUUUCUUCCCCGGAUUAUGGCUAUGGGGAGCGCACAUCUACCCUUACCACCAUCAUUACAAUUACGUCAACAACACCUCAAACCGAAACGAGUCAUUGCCGGUUAUUUGCUUGUGCGAGCAGUACGCAUCAUGCGGAUGCGAGGAUAACAACAACAGCACAUACUACGAGUCGCUAUUCGAUGGGACACAGCCCAAGAAUACCAGUAUCGUCAAGGUCACGACUGUCAAUGGCACUCAGACGAUAGCCAUCAACGGAACUUUGCCAAACGGAACCACAGCCGUGGACCCAGACUCUGGUGCCGCGACCUUAAAUUUGAGGCAAGCCAGCGGGUACUGGGUCAUGGCCGCCAUAGCAGCAAGUGCAGUCUAUGCUCUAUGA